AUGCUAGGAGAGGAUCUAGACAUUGGCUUCUACGCGGAGGACGCGUACGCGGCGUACGUGACGGACCUUGCGGCAGCCUUGCACCUUCUCCCACACUGUCGCAAUGCCCGCGGUGCCACACUCGAGGUGGUGUUUACCGGACCUUUCAUGGCCUUUUCCGCAUAUCAGGAGGCGGUGAAGCAGGGGAAACGUGUCCCUUACACCGAGUUGCCGUGGCCCAUCUCUGAGGAACGAGAUGUGCAAGGGGUUGCCGGAGCGUCUCUGGCAGUCGUCCUGCACGGCUGGAUCGAGAAGCUGAACGCGGCACGCAAGGUGCAACUGAUGGAGCCUCUCUUUCCGGCUGCUGAACUCGGCGAAACCAUCGUAGCGAGAAGUGCAGUGGACAAGGUUGACAACUCGGAGCAGUGCGCGUUUGCCUCGACUUUGCCACCCUGUGCCGCGGUGUCUGCAGACAAGAACGGUACUCCUUCCACGCUGAAGCUGUCGCGCUACCGCAUUGUGGGUAACCUUGAUUUCCUCUUGCACCUCUCCAGCAGCAGCCGGCCUAUGGGCGAGAGCCGAGUCACAGCCGACUCGCUAAGCGUGGAUGACUGUGACCUCGAGAAGGCCGAUUUCUCACACGACGUGGAUGGCACGACGCGCGCUGCUCACGCAUGCCGUGAUGCACUCGAGCAGCGCGACGACGUUUCCCUUGCCCGUAACGCGGUGAACACGGUCAUCAAAUUUGCGCAGAUGGCGGAGGAACAUCCCGGUGAGGUGGCCAGCGUCUUUGUCGACGCGCAGGAACGUGUCGAGUACAUCCAGUUCAGUGCGUAG